CGUAGGAUUUUUUUUAAGGCAUAUUUAAACUCUCACACACUUAUGUAAUGAGAAUUUCAGUGUGAGAUUUUUCUGCAGGAUACCAUUUAGUCUGUUAGGAACUGUCUAUUCAAAUGCUGCAGCUUUCGAUUGAAAAAUAACUUUUGGCUCUUUUAAAGCUGACAAAUGAUUAAUAGAAUUGAUUCCUUCGGAGACUCCUCGGAUUGUUUCCUGUAAGAUCCCAUUCAUUUGUGAAUAAGAACAAGAUCUGGUUAAAAAAAAAUACCUGAAUCAUACCUGGGAGUUGGACAGAGGAAGCAGCUGCUUCACCCCGCACAUCAGAAACAUGGGCUGCGAUCGGAACUGUGGGCUGAUUGCUGGGGCCGUGGUCGGUGCAGUGCUGGCCAUCCUUGGAGGUGUCCUCAUGCCAGUGGGAGACAUGCUGAUUGAGAAGACCAUUAAGAAGGAAGUUGUCCUUGAGAAUGGCACAAUUGCUUUUCAGAAUUGGAUUAAAACAGGUACGGAAGUUUACAGACAGUUUUGGAUCUAUGAUGUGCAAAAUCCGGACGAAGUAGAGACAACCAGCAGCAACAUUAAGGUUAAGCAAAGAGGUCCUUACACGUACAGAGUUCGUUAUCUAGCCAAAGAAAAUGUGGUCCAGAAUGCUACAGACCACACAGUCUCCUUCAUGCAGCCCAACGAAGCUGUCUUUGAACCUUCGAUGUCCGUUGGGAAAGAGAGCGACACGUUCACGGUUCUCAACUUGGCUGUUGCCACCGUACCUCAUCUUUUUACAACAUCGUUCAUUCAAGGGAUGCUCAAUAUGGUUAUCAAAAGAUCAAAUUCUAGUAUGUUCCAAACCAGAACUGUAAAAGAAUUACUAUGGGGCUAUUUAGAUCCAUUCCUAGAACUAGUUCAAUACAAUAUUGAUAAAACAGUGGGCGUGUUUUAUCCGUACAACGGUACUGCAGAUGGAGAGUAUAGAGUUUUCAAUGGAAAAGAUAAUAUCAGCAAAGUUGCCAUAAUUGACACUUACAAAGGGAAAAGGAACCUCUCCUAUUGGCCAAGUUAUUGUGACAUGAUUAACGGUACAGAUGCAGCCUCAUUCCCACCUUUUGUUGAGAAGUCUCGAGUCCUGCAGUUUUUCUCCUCUGACAUUUGCAGGUCCAUCUAUGCUGUCUUUGAGUCUGAAAUCAAUCUGAAAGGAAUCCCUGUGUAUAGAUUCGUUCUCCCCGCCAAGGCCUUCGCUUCUCCGGUCCAAAAUCCCGACAACCAUUGCUUCUGCACAGAAACAGUUGUCUCGCACAACUGUACCUCCUAUGGUGUGCUGGACAUCAGCAAAUGCAAAGAAGGAAGACCCGCAUACAUUUCGCUCCCUCAUUUCCUACAUGCGAGCCCUGAUGUUUCAGAACCCAUCGAAGGUUUGCAUCCAAACGAAGAAGAACAUAGGACAUACUUGGAUGUUGAGCCUAUAACUGGAUUCACUUUACAAUUUGCCAAACGCCUGCAGGUCAACAUGUUAGUCAAGCCAGCAAGCAGGAUUGACGCAUUGAAGAAUCUGAAGAGGAACUAUAUUGUGCCUAUACUUUGGCUUAAUGAGACCGGCACCAUCGGCGAUGAGAAAGCAAAACUGUUCAAAAAACAAGUGACUGGAAAAAUCAACCUCCUUGGUCUGGUUGAGACCAUCUUACUGAGCGUCGGUGUGGUGAUGUUUGUGGCUUUCAUGAUUUCGUACUGCGCCUGCAGAACAAAGAAAGCAAGAUAGAAAACAAGUGAGCUCAGCUUGAUGAUCCACUGAAGUCAAGCUCUUUGGUUAUGGACCUACAGAAUGAAGAUUCAAUCUGCUCUAAUUCUGCAGUACUCGCCUUAUCUUUUAGUUGAAGAAAUGGUGGCACUCGUAUUUUUUUUUUUUUGUACCAAACAGUGGUACAAUUCCGAAGAAUUAUUAAGAUGUCACUGAAAUCCACGCUUUGAACAAGAGCUAGUGCAUUUAGAACUCAUUGCUCAUGCAAUUGAGUUGAUUUUCGUCUCUGCAGCCCUCACUCCGGCGUGUCAUCUGCGAUGAUUGGUUCUGAUUCCACAGUCAGGUCACUGGUGGCAAACUC